UGCGCGCUCGCGGACGGGCGGGGCGGAGGCGCGCUGACACCUGGCGGCGGGGGCGGGCCGUCGGCGAGCGUGGGCUGGGAUUGGCUGGGCCGCGUGGGCUGGGGCGGGAGGAGACGGUUAUGGGCUCGUGCCUGGGUCGGAUCCCGGCUCUCUGAGGGGCGCGGAGACCUGCGGGAGGGACACGGCCGCAGCAUGGCGGCCGGCAGCGCACCGCCCUGCCCUCCGCCUUCCUGUCGCAGCCGCUUGGAUCCUGUGGUCCGCGAGUGCUUGCUGUGAGCCUGCCGCGCGUCAGCCCCCCCACCGCUCGCCCGCCCGCCCGCCCUCCUUCCCUUGUCGCCUCUGCCAGCCCGGAGGGCGGCCGGGCGCACCGCGCCCACCCACCGGGGCCCUGGGACCAUGGAGGACGUGAAACUGGAGUUCCCCUCGCUCCCGCAGUGCAAAGACGACGCCGAGGAGUGGACUUACCCUAUGAGACGAGAGAUGCAGGAAGUUUUGCCUGGAUUGUUCUUAGGCCCAUACUCUUCUGCUAUGAAAAGCAAGCUACCUAUACUUCAGAAACAUGGCAUAACUCAUAUAAUUUGCAUACGGCAAAAUAUUGAAGCAAACUUUAUUAAACCAAACUUUCAACAAUUAUUUAGAUAUUUAGUUUUGGAUAUUGCUGAUAAUCCAGUUGAAAACAUAAUACGUUUUUUCCCUAUGACUAAAGAGUUUAUUGAUGGAAGCUUACAAAAUGGAGGAAAAGUUCUUGUCCAUGGGAAUGCAGGUAUCUCUAGAAGUGCUGCCUUUGUCAUUGCAUACAUCAUGGAGACGUUUGGGAUGAAAUACAGAGAUGCAUUUGCUUAUGUCCAAGAAAGGAGAUUUUGUAUUAAUCCUAAUGCUGGAUUUGUCCACCAACUUCAGGUAGUGUGAAGAGAACACAUGAGGAAGAUGACGACUUUGGAAACAUGCAAGUGGCAACCGCACAGAACGGCUGACCUGUGAGGACUGUUACAUGGGUGUGAGCUUCCAUCUGGAAAGGAGAGGAUCCUAGUGAUGAUAAUGUGAAAUGGUAAACUCACAAAUACUUUCUUUUCAAUUAUACAUUGCUUCCAGACAUGUUUCUCUGCAACACUUUAAGAUGUUGGACUUAUGCAGUAGAUGGCACUGAUGGGUGAUGGGUUUACUUAAAAAAAAGAGAAAAAAAGAAACAAAAAAACCUUUAUGGUUUUAUUAUAAACCAAGAAUUUUGGACUUGCAAAGAGGUAUUAUUGCAAUAAUGCACUUUUCAUACUUGAAAUUUAUUUGUAUGAUAUAAAGUUAUUACUUUAAACAAAAUACAAGUUAGGGGGAUUUGUUUAUAGAUUUUGGAUAAUUUAUAACAAAAAAAUUUCCUAAUGUUUCCUAAAAACUCAUUUUGUGUUAUAUAUAUUACAUUUAAGGUAAUUUUACAGUUCAAUUUUAUGAUGAAGCCUCUUACAAAAACAUUAACAAAAUGUAGAACUUGUCCACAUUUUUUAGUAUAAUUCAGUAACUUGAUUACCAUUUUUUUAAACUUCUUGGUCCCGUAUCUUUAAAUCAUGACUUUAGCCAACUAGCCUACUUUACAAUUUAAUACAGUUAAUACUUCCUUUCUAAUUGCCUCCCUUAUUCUAAAUGAGAAAAGUUGAAAUGAUUAAAGAAAGAGGUCUUACUUUCUAAAACCAGAUACUCCAAAAAAUAAGGAUAGUGUUAUAUUUUCCACAUGACUUUUUUCUCUUUGCUGUUUAAGCCAAAUGUAGACUUGGUCUUUUCAGAGUUGCUGAGCUCUUCUAACUUUUGUCCAAAAUGGUUCAAAGUAGACCAAACCAAUGUAGCACUGUUUCUUCAAUAUGAAACCCCCAAAAGAAAAGUGCCUUGCAUCAACAAACAAGCAAAUCCUCAUGACUUCUAAAUUAGUAUAUAAAGCAGUGAACAGCUAUUAACGUUUUUCUGUAAUUUCUUGUUUUAAAAUCAUAAAUUAAAUCUGAUGCUUGAAGAAAGUAAAUUAUUUGGAAUGAGACACUUCCUUCUAUUUUCUGUUAAUUAUUUCUCUGAGGUUCAGCUGACAGCUUUGCUUUGAAGAUGUAUCCAUUGGGGAAAGCAAUUUGUGGGUGGCUUCAGUGUAUUGUAGAUUACUGUUUUAACUUGUUCCUAAAUUAAUUCAAAUUUGUACCAUAAUUUGCAUUAGCAAAAUCAUUUUAUGGCUCUUUAGUUUUCCAUGUUUUUAUCUAUAUGUAUAAAAGUUGUUCUACAAAAAACAUUUUACUACUGUAAAUGUGAUGUGCAGAAGAGAGAAGUGUUUUUAACUUUUGUACAUGAUGACUUUAGGGUAGCACAAACACAGCUCCUUUAUAUAUAUAUAGCUCACGUGUCUCAGCCCUCUUUCGAGGUGCUUUACGGUUGGGAAUGAUGCCCGCACACUCCCAGGGUACCAUGAGGCACUGUGUAAGGUAACAGGUUGCACUUAAGUUCCUUGCUUUGCUCACCACCCUAUGACAUCAACAGUAUAGAAAGGUUCUUUGUCCUUCACAGUAGGAGCCUGAAUAUAAACCAGAAUUACUGUUACCUUGAUUUCUAGCCUCUUCUGGUUUCCCAUCCCAUCUCCUAUCUUUCAGCUCUGAAAAAAAGCAUUGCUUUUAAUUCUGUUGUGUCACAGGCAUGGUGGUCUAGCAGAGCCAAGAUUACAUUGGGUAUUCAAAAAUCCCUGUAUACAUACAGGCCAACAAAGAUCUCUCUUGGAGUCAACCCAUAAUCCAUGGCUCACUGAACAGAAAUUGUGAUUAAAGCAAUCUCUAUUUUAAAAAAAUUGGAUUUUCAAGAUGAGACAUGUGAAGUAACUUUUUAAAAUAAGUUUUAUAAAAAUACAUGUUCCUCUUUAAAUAGGAGUCUGUCCAAAAACAGAGGUUAUUGACAUUCAUUUGUAGCUGGUAAUUUUCCAUUUUUCUAUCCACUGUCAUUUUUUUCUUCUCACAUAAAGUGCCUAUCCAGCACGAUAUACUGGAGACAGUCUCAGACACUAGGGACUGCCACCAUGUUGAGCACAGUUGAUGUGGACAGAUGAAGUUUGUCCUUUCAUAAGAAGCCUCCAAGUUUCUUUUCUUCCUCUGUAUUUACUGUCAGUAGCUGUCUUAGGUUCCAUUUCUAGUGAUGUUUUGUAAGUUAACUAUGAUAAAUUUAUCCAAUCAUGAUUUAUUCUCUAGACAACUUGAAUAAUGUAUGAAUGUCCACCCAGUUUCAGUAUUAAAUAUGAAAGCUGGGUUCAUAAUUAAAACUAUACAUUUUCUUAUCAAAACUUAGGGAACUUCAUUACUCCCCAUUUGAAAGUUUGAGACAGCUCCUGGAAACUGGAGUGGAGAAGGGAGUCUUCUCCUAGUUUAACUGAUUCAUGCUAGUUUCUUGUCUAUUAGAUGUUAUACCAACUCUAUAGUAGGAAUGUUCAAGUGUGAUAACUUUGCUACCAACUUUCAACCGCUUGUAGAACAGAAUAUUCAUUUGAAGGGGUGUAGGGCUGUACUUAAUCUACUUAAUCUGAGUCUAGAAGUAAUGUCAGAAAAUGCUAAGCAUGUCCUUUGUAAUAAAACAUAAGGUUCUUAAUUGUUUAACUGCUAUGGAAUUCACAUGAAUUAGAAGUAUUUAAGUGCAAUCUUGAAUUAUGAAGUUGGAUGUAUAUAUUAGGAUGUCAACUUGAUGUAAAGUAAAUGAGCAGUUACCUGAUGGAUCUUUUUAAAUAACCGGUUUAAUUCACAAUCCUAAAGCAUAACUUCACGUCAGUAUUUACAGUAUCUUUGUCCAUUCAACAACACUCCAAUGAGCAAAUAGUAGGAAAUAGCUGAGAAUUACUCAAGGAUUUUGUUUAUUUAUUUUUAUUAGGAAAAUAAGUUUCUAGAGUCUUGAGUGCUGGAUAAUUCUUUUGUCUUUCCCAUCCAUGGCAGCUAAAAAAAAAAUCACUCAAAAUAUUCAGGUUUACAUGUUCUGCUCUCUUACAGGGAGCUACCAUACCUCACAGUUCAAAGUGUUUUCUCAAUCAGUAACAUGAUACUGACAUGUAAUUGCAAUUUACUAUGCAGCAAAAAUGACUCAAGAACAGUAACAUAUGUGUCUCUUUACCUCUGUAUAGGCAAUUGCUUACGUUAUUCUACUUUUAACAUUUGUACUCAGAUAAAAUGCUUAUGUAUGUAUAGGAAUGUCACAGUGCAAGAUGCUGCUAGCCUGGGCACAAAGUAUUAAAAUUAUUUUGUGAAGACUGGUGGUUGUAUUAAAACUCUUGUGCCAUUGUACUUGCAAUGAUUGAGAAGCUCAUUCAUAUUCCUUAUGCCUCAAGACCUCUUUGUCUUCUGGGUAGAAGUAACCCAGCUUUACUCCCACAGAUUAAGGUGAGUAAAAAUUUAAUAAUAUUAAAACGGUUUCAGUUGGUGACAUGCUACAACUGUUUCUGUAAGACGAUUUAAGAGAAAACACAACUCCAUGGGUUUUAUUGAAAUACUAACAUCACAGACUGUCUUACCAAAGAGUUUAAUGUUAAAAAAUAAAGUGCUAAAUUUUA